CGAGAAGCUGUCACCCAGACAGCAGGGUGAUAAUCUAGACGGAAGUACGGACGUUUUCUAUAAAUAAAGGUAAAUUGCAACACUGACAACUAAUUAGAAUUCUUUUGUUGAAAACAACCUGCUCCACCAUGGCUUCUCCUGAUGAUGACAGUCUUCUGAGGGAGUUCUGCGGACCGCCUAACAAUGACUCGAUCAUUUGGCCACACAGCAAGUAUGGCUACUGCAAGGAACUCCUUGUCUUUGGUUUGACGAGUCAUGCAAUGCUUGCAGUCACCAGUGGUCUCUACAUUGGGUACAUCCAAAACACUGAACACCAGAACCUGAAGAAAUCCCGAGCUCUUAAGUGCAGACAGAUUGUGUCUUUUUUAACCAGUCUCAUUCCCGUGAUACAAAUCGUAUGGAGCUUGUUCAACACACAGAAGUUAACACCGGUGGAGUAUUUAACGUACAGUUGCACUUUCUUAGCCUGGGUGGUUCACACAGUGUAUCUUGUCAAGCUGCGUAGGGCUGGGAUCAAACACAUACGCGGCCAUGUCCCAGUUCUCUUAAUGUGGCCAUUGACUUUGCUUUCAACAGUUGUUAAAGUGGUUGAAGUUGUUGAGACACUCCAGCAUGAAGACACAUCAAACUUACAAGAGAUAGAGAAGAUUUUGUCAUUUGUAGGAAUUGCUCUGCAGUUGCUAUACUUUCUGACAGUUUUACCAUCCCCAAGGCAUGCCAGGGCCAAUUAUGAGAGAGGUCAAGGGAGACGCAUCUUUCCCAGCAUCAACGAUGAUGCUACAGAUGAGGAAUCUCCUCUUAUUAGGAGAAGCAGAUCAUACUCAAGGGAUAGGUACGGUGCCCUUGUAGAGCUAGGUGUCGCUGAGGAACAUGCAAACAUCUUCUCCAAGAUGGUUUUGUCGUGGAUACAGCCCUUGAUGAAACGUGGGGCUCGCGGUGAUCUAAGGACGGCUGAUGAUGUCUUCAGGUUACCCUGGGAAUUGCAAACAAGAAAUGUUGAAGAAUCUUUCAGUGAAGUCUAUUUCAAAGGAAGCUCGGCCUAUAGUGUCACCGAUUACAACACUUCCUACGCUAGCACUCCCCAGGGGAAUGUUAACAUGCCCCCUGAUUCUCUCUUCUCUAAUGAACCGCUUCAUGGAGUGAACAGUUACAGCAGUGACUUUGAAGAUACAAUCACCCAUGAAAUCAGAAGCCCACAAUCAUCUACAUGUAAGUCUCAGAAAAAGUGUACUCUUCUAGGAGCACUUCUUGGAGUUUUCGGAGUACGCUACUUUGCUCUCGGAGUCGUUAAAUUUGUGUGUGAUCUCUUGAGUUUUUCUGGACCCCUUCUUUUAAAUGCUCUUGUUUCUUUCAUGGAAAACAAAAACAACGAGCCAGUGUUGAAUGGUUGGUUGUAUGCCGGAGGUCUCUGCUUGUCAUCCUUCAUUGUGUCUUUCAUGUCAAUUCAUUAUAACUACCAGAUCUUCAAGAUCUUGAUUCGUAUGCGGGCAGCCAUUGUCACGAUGACGUACCGUAAAGCAUUGGUGGUCAGUAGCACCACGCUAUCGAGAUUCACGACUGGGGAGAUCGUCAACUUCAUGAGUGUUGACUCGGAGCGCAUCAUUAACAUCUGCCAGAGCUUUCAUGAGCUGUGGAGUCUGCCAGUGAAGAUUGGUGUGGCGUUGUUUCUCCUGCAUCAACAGCUUGGACUGGCCUUCCUUACAGGUGUUGCUUUUACCCUUCUAUUGGUUCUUAUGACAAAAUGGCUGACGGUUAAAAUACAGAAAUACUUUGAAGAUUUGAUGCAGCACAAGGAUGGUCGAAUAAAGGCCAUGAAUGAGAUCCUGUAUGGCAUCCGAGUGAUCAAAUUUUACGCUUGGGAGAAACACUUUACACGCAAGAUCAAACAGCUGAGAGAUCUAGAGCUUGGCAGUUUGAAAGGAAUCAAGUACCUUGAUGCUUUGUGUGUGUACUUCUGGGCCACAACACCGGUACUCAUCUCGAUCCUAUCCUUCACUACAUAUUCUCUCCUCGGAAACCAGUUGACUGCUGCAAAGAUUUUCACAAGUUUGGCCUUGUUCAACAUGCUGAUUGGUCCUUUGAACAGCUUUCCAUGGGUACUGAAUGGUGUCAUCCAAGCGUGGGUUUCCCUCAAGAGGGUCCAGAGAUUUCUGGAACUACAGGAGUUAAACGUUUCAAAGUACUAUACCCCAGACGACGCGAUGGAUCCAAACUGCUACCUUGAAAUCAAACAUGGCAGCUUUCAGUGGGAGCGGCCAUUAAAGAAAAAUACAUCUAAAGAUGGAGGGUUAUCUCGGGACGAUGAGGAGGAGGAUAAACAACGUGGGGAGGAUGAGAAAGAGACAGGGACCCUGAGGCUCUCUAAUUUGAAUCUACGAGUUGGCAGGGGUCAGUUGGUUGGAGUCAUAGGUUGUGUUGGAUCGGGCAAAAGCUCUCUACUUGCUGCCAUCAUGGCAGAGAUGACCAAGUCUGGUGGCUUCAUCAGUGUCGCCAAUCUUGGCGAUGGUUUUGGUCUGGCGCCUCAAGAGGCUUGGAUACAACAUGCCACGCUGAGGGAGAACAUCAUGUUUGGGGUGGAGUACAUACCAAGACGCUACAGGGCUGUCAUGCAAGCAUGUGCACUACUGGAAGAUAUCAAGAUUUUACCGGCUGGAGACCAAACAGAGAUCGGUGAAAAUGGAGUGACGCUCAGUGGAGGGCAGAAGGCAAGAGUAGCUCUAGCUAGAGCAGUGUAUCAGGACAAAGAUGUCUACCUGAUUGAUGACCCUCUGGCUGCAGUCGAUGCACACGUGGGCACACACAUAUUUUCCAAAUGUAUCAUGGGACUGCUUCAAAACAAGACCAGAAUCCUUUGCACGCACCACACCAAGUACCUUCAGGAGGCAGACUUGGUUGUGGUGAUGGAGCAUGGAGAAAUAACCAAUGCUGGCCAUCCAUCAGUGAUCUUAAAGAACAAAGAACUCAUGACGACAUUACAGUAUGAGGAUUCCGAGAAAGAUGAAUCUGCUGAAAUAGACCAACCCAUGAGAGACAAGAAGGAGGCAGAAGCUCUGGCCGGGGAGGAAGGAGAGGACGGGAAACUGGUGCAAGAGGAGGAGAAGGAUGUGGGUGUGGUCAAACUGCAUGUGUAUAAGGCGUAUUGGAAUGCCAUAGGAUGUAUACUGGCAUCCAGUGUUCUUGUAGCUUUGUUCCUUAUGCAAGCCUCCAGGAAUAUGACAGACUGGUGGUUAUCCUACUGGGUUACUUACUCCCAUAGUCAAGUAUCCAUCAAUUCCAGUAGGAGCAAAAACCUCCUGAUAGAAACUCUACAUUAUAGAAGCAACAGUGCCGUGUUAGAUCCCUCCGUGCCUUCUACCAAGAUCAACCUUACAAGCGGUGACAAUCUUCGGUUCUAUCUUGGAAUCUACGGAGGCCUUGUAGGGGCAAACAGUAUCUUCACCUUGUUCAGAGCAUUCCUGUUUGCUUAUGGAGGCUUGUGUGCGGCUAGGACUGUACACAAAAGACUUCUGAGCAGUGUGAUGAAGGCGCCUGUUUCCUUCUUCGACGUCACACCCAUCGGCCGAAUCAUUAAUCGCUUCUCAUCAGACGUUUACACCAUUGAUGAUGGACUCCCGUUCGUCUUGAAUAUCUUUCUUGCAUCAUUGUUCAGCACAGUGGGUGCUCUCGUAGUCACCUGCUAUGGACUACCAUGGUUUGCACUGGUGCUGCUACCUAUGGUUCUCAUCUACUUGUAUAUACAGAACUAUUACAGAAAGACGUCCCGUGAGCUGAGGAGGAUUGAGAGUGUUACUAUGUCUCCAAUCUAUGCCCACUUCUCAGAGACACUGACUGGACUAUCAACCAUUAGAGCAUUGCGCACCGCCAACAGAUUCCGACUUGAGAAUGCCAGCAAACUGGAGACCAAUCAGAGAGCUCGAUUCUGCAGUUUUGCUGUGACCUGCUGGUUGUCAUUUUGCCUUCAGAUGCUGGGUGUAGCAAUCAUUGCAAUGGUGGCCAUCAUAGCAGUCUUAGAACACCGCUUUGAUAGCGUUAACCCAGGACUGGUUGGGCUUGCUAUCUCCUACACUCUCUCAAUCAGUGCACUACUUCAGUCUUUGGUGACCACCUUUACGGAUACUGAGAAGAACAUGGUCAGUAUGGAGAGAGCUCAGCAGUAUACUGUGGAUGUACCAUGGGAACAACAAGAAGGAAUUCGUAAGGCGCCGACAUCAUGGCCCCAAAAUGGUCAAGUAUCUUUCCAUAACGUCUCCUUUGCCUACCGUGCCAAUCUCCCUAACGCACUGAAUGGAGUGACCUUUGAACUACGCCCUGCAGAGAAGCUUGGCAUUGUGGGAAGGACAGGAUCAGGAAAGUCAUCAUUGUUACUUGUGCUGUUUAGGAUGGUGGAGAUUCAAACCGGCCGUGUGACUAUUGAUGGGGUUGACACUGCACACCUGUCUUUGGAAGAACUAAGGUCAAAGCUUGCAAUUAUUCCACAAGAUCCAUUCCUGUUUUUUGGAUCGGUCAAAGAAAACCUGGACCCUACAGGUCAGUUCACAGAGUCCAAGCUGUGGUCAGUCUUAAACAAAUGUCAUCUUAAAUCAGCAGUAGAAGCUCUUGGAGGGCUUGAGGCAGAGGCUGGUGAGAAAGGCAGACGUUUCUCAGCUGGCCAGAGGCAGCUAAUGUGCUUAGCAAGAGCAAUGCUUUCUGGAGCUAAGGUUUUGUGCAUCGAUGAAGCCACUGCUAGUGUUGACAUGGAAACAGAUCAGUUACUUCAACAAACCAUUCGUCAAGAAUUUGUAAACAGCACGGUAUUAACAAUUGCACAUCGUAUCAAUACUAUCUUGGAUAGUGACAGGGUGUUGGUCAUGAACGGCGGCCAAGUUGCCGAGUUGGCUUCCCCUCAACUACUCCUUGAAGAUCCAAGUUCAAUGUUUUACGGACUUGUCAACAGCGGAGCAACUUCAGCAGAUGUAAACAAGUAAAAGUGUGACCCGAGACAUCCAAUGCUCUCGAGGACAGUGAAAUUACAUUAAUUAUGAAUAUGACUAAAACAUCAGCCAUGAUAUUCAUGUGAUGUGAUGCCUUAAACCUUAUAUAUUUGGAACAUAUUCUUUUAAUGUUCUCAUUAUGUGUGAUUUGCAAACCCCUAUAUUUAUCCAUUUGAUGAACUAAUGGUCCCAGUUUUGAGUUUUGGCAGGAAGUUCCCUUGGUUAGGCGUGGUGCUUUACAAAUAAGUCUCUGUCAGAUUUGGUUGUUUGUUGUUAAUCCUUCAAAGUUCUGUCUCCGACUUUGAAUUCAAUCAUUCAAUUCCCAAACCAACCAUGCUUUACCAUCAGGUGGCAAAGGUUCUGGUUUUCAGCUGUAAAUUUAAGGACUUUGUAGGAUUAGGGUAAGGAAGAGAGGCUAUUUUUCAUGAACUAUUUAUCAUUUUUGAAAGUCGGUUUAUCCAAAGGUAUGUGGUGAACACCCCGUUAGUGGAAAGAUUGAUUGGGUUUGGGUAGGUUCGGCAACCAACCAAGUAUUAUUGUCUGCUAUUAUGGCAUUUUGGCAAAGAAUUAUGUCUGAAAUUACAGUUCAUUUAAAUAUUGACAGUCUCUGGCCAGUAGUAUUGACAAAAUAAACACAUAAAAUAAAAAAUAUAAAUAAAUAAAUAAAAUGAAUUAUAACAGAAACCAACGUGGGUUAUAACAUGAAGCAAGUGGUGUACUGUGUACAUGUAAAUCUUCAAUGUCUUCACCAAAACAUGAUGUGAAAUGGUGCCCUCCACUUAUCACCCAUUGUUCCCAACGCAUGAUGUUUAAAUAUAUAUUGUGAUAUUUGGAAAUAAACGAACAAACAAACAAAAAACAAAAAAAA